GGGGGGCAGCAUCUUUUGUAGCCUCAGCCACAUCAGUGGUACACCCAGCUAAAGAAUAUAUAAAUGAGCAGCUCAGCUCAGUUCUCAGUGAAGGCUCUUCCUGGCAAGAUGAAGUCCUCAGUCUUCAUCCUUUCUCUGCUCCUCAUUCUGGAAAGACAAGAAGCUGUGGUUGGGCAGUAUGGUGGAACAAAAGGCGGCUUCACAAAAGGUGGCUUCACAAAAGGCGGCUUCACAAAAGGUGGUUUCACGAAAGGCGGCUUCACGAAAGGUAGCUACACUACUAGCUCGUCGGGAUUUAUGAAAGGUCAUGAAAGUUAUGGGCUCAAAGGAGGAAGUGAGGAUGCAGCUGAAGAAAGUUCUUUCAUGCAAACAAAACGUCAAGUAUAUGGCCAGGAUAGUGAAAUGUCACAGUCGCGUCUUUCACAAGAACACACAGGAGUGAAGGGGGCUGCACUUUGUCGUAAAGGACAAGUGUCCCAACUAAAAUCCCAAGAAUCCCAAGUGAAAUCCUAUGGACAAGUGAAAUCCCAUGAAUCUCAACUGAAAUCAUCCUAUGGACAACUAAAAUCCCAAAACUCCCAAGUCAAAUCCUAUGGACAAGUGAAAUCCUAUGGACAAGUGAAAUCCCAUGAAUCUCAACUGAAAUCAUCCUAUGGACAACUAAAGUCUCAAAAUUCCCAAGUGAAAUCUUAUGGCCAACUAAAAUCCCAAGAUGCCCAACUAAAAUCCUAUGGUCAACGAAAAUCCUAUGGUGAAGAAUCCCAACUGAAAUCCUACGGUCAACUAAAAUCCCACGAUGGCCAACUAAAAUCCUAUGGCCAAGUAAAAUCUCAAGAUACCCAACUAAAAUCCUAUGGUCAAGCAAAAUCCCAAGAUGCCCAACUAAAAUCUUAUGGCCAAGUAAAAUCCCAAGACACCCAACUAAAAUCUUUUGGCCAACAAAAAUCCCUAAAAGGUUUUUCCCAACAAACUAAGCAUAAAGGGUUUGCUAUGAAUGAGGAACUCUCCCAGGUCCGUAAGCAAUAUGAUGAUGAUGAGAGCUCUGUGCAGCAGAAGUCUAGCCAGGCGAAAACAGAGGAGGAUUUAUCCCAAUUUGGGCAACAACGCCAGUUUGGACAAGAACGCUCACAAUCCUACAAAGGAUAUCUUGAACAGUACAAAAAGAAAUCACAAGACCACUAUCAACAAAGAAGAAAUUUUAAUCAAGGUAACUAUUUUACAAAGGGAGGAGCAGACCUAUAUCAAACUCAACUCAAGGGAUAAUACAGUCAUCGACCAACUAAAGAGCAAGAUCAAUAUCAAGGACUCACCUUGCCAGAGUCAAGUCUGUGAUACCUUCCAGAUGCCGCCUAUAAUGUGGUCCCAGAUCUCUGGUUCAUGUACAACUGUCUACUCACGUUUGCUUUUCUGUAGGACUUCUAACCCCGGAGCUUCCUCAAAUGCUUGCUUUCCAAUAAAAAUAGA